GUGAUUUUACCUAUAAUUUCCUGUAUGAGCAAGUUAAUCUGCUUUCACUUCAGAGAAAUAGCACAGACUUCACCAUGAAUACUUGUCCGCGCUUGGAUUUGUAAACGACUGUUGCUCAGGAUCACCACAGAUGGAGUCAAGUCAGCUCAAAGGUGAUUUUCUUGCUUUUCUGCAAACACUUGGACUUGACACAUACUACCCAAACAAGCUGACUCUGAGGUCUUUGCUGGAAAUCAACAGUUGCACUUUUUCUGAUGAAGAGGUUCACUCACUACAAGCAUUGCCACAAGCUUUUCUGCACAAAUUACUGACGGUUAAUUCAAAUUCAAGAUCAUUAUGUGUAACUCAUGAAAAUAUUGAGCAGGGCUGUGAUGCCACCCCAAAUCUUCUAGAUCUCCACACUGCACUCUUUGCCUGUGCUGACAGUUUCCUUCAGCAAGAAAUGGCACUUAAAAUGUCAAUGUGCAUGUUUGCAGUACCAUUUGUGUUACCCAAAGGAGUUCCUAAUCAAUACACUCUUAUGUUAUGGGCUCUUAGAACUAUCCUGAAAGAAUGGCGUCCCCAGUCAAUGUCAGAAUCUAAAGGGUUUGUUGAAGACAGUGUUGUUAAUGCAAAAAUUCCAUUGAUAUCAUUUGUGAGGCUAAGCAACUGCAGCUUGUCCAAGUCACAAGUCAUGAACCAAGUGCUCAAAAAGUCCCAGCAGCAUCAUGAUUUUUUUUCUCAUCGAGAAAUAAAUGUAGGAUCUUCUGACAGGGUAAUUGCUAAUGGCAUGGUUGAAAUAUGCUGGAGUCUGCCAUGUGGAAACAAAAACAUUGAUGUCUUUCCUGAGCCAGUGGCUUUUACUAAUUUAAGAGGAGAUAUUUGCACUUUCGAAACCCAGUUCAAUUUCCUUACUCAGGUGUCAACAGCUGUCUUUGUGUUCCUGGACAGUGCUGAUGAAAAUGAACAAAGGCUGUUUGCCUCUUUAGAUGAAAUUAAAAACAAAAUUUUUUUCGUGGUCAACACUCAGGGGACUAUGAGAGAGUCAUCAGCAGUAGAUACUCUGAAAAUGGAGAAAGAUCGCAUCAUUCUGAAAAGCCAAGGCAUGAAUUUGCUAAAAUUCUCAAAGAUGAUCAGCUCUGCCAUUAAAAAUGUGCUAGGCGAGCAGCACACCUCAUGUGAAAUCGAGGCUAUGAAGAGAAUUGCUCAAGAAUUAGGUCUUGGCAUUGAUGAAAGUGAAAACAGAGCCUGUGUGUCAGCAGAGGGAACAGCAGAGAAAAUUCUGAAAAAUAUUGGAGUUCGCCGCACAGUGGAAUUUAAAAAGGCACGGCUGCCACUGCAAGGUAAAAACUGGAAAAGACUGGCUCAGAUAGAGAAAGAGCAAUGCCGAUUACAACAUUCAGGAGAGUUAAGUUUGGAGGAGUAUAAGGUCCAACUUCAAAAAGAAAAAGAUGAAAUUCGCUACAAACAAAGCCAGUAUAAGAUGACAGAACCAAUGGACAUCUUAAUAAAGGCAUUGUCAACCUCUGAUGAUACUGAGCAAGCCUUUUUUCUCAAAUGGCUGGGACUAAAGCUGGACAUGAGAUCACGCAAACAAAUGUCAGAACUUCGGCAUAAAUACGCACAGUGUGAACAAAAGAAAGACCGAGAUGCUAUAGCCCGAUUAGACCAGGAACUUCUUGAUUCUUCUCUUGGCAUAGAGCAUUACAUGAGAGAAAUGGGACAAAUCUAUGAAGCUGCUUCAUUUGGUUCAAAGAAAAUAUCUGAUAAGAUUAGCAGCCUUCCUACUCUGGCUGCCAAACUGCUUCUGGCUGGGUUUCCUCUUGAGCUAAUUGAUGGAGAUGCAUCAAAUAUCCCAGAGAAAUGGGUGAGUGAUGUUCUCAUGGAUCUUCACAGGAUGGUUGGGGAGAAGAGCCGUUUGCUGGUAAUAACUGUGUUAGGGGUUCAGAGUUCUGGUAAAUCAACACUGCUCAACACUAUGUUUGGAGUUCAGUUUGCAGUAAGUAGUGGACGAUGCACACGUGGAGCAUUCAUGAUUUUCCUUCCUGUGGGUGAAGACUUGAAGGAAGAGUUACUUUGUGACUUUGUCCUUCUGAUUGAUACAGAGGGUUUGAAAUCACCAGCACUGGCACAACUGGAGGACAGUUAUGAGCAUGACAACGAAUUGGCCACAUUUGUGAUUGGUCUUAGUGAUGUAACCAUCAUAAAUGUAGCAAUGGAGAAUUCCACAGAGAUGAAGGACGUCUUGCAGAUAGCAGUUCAUGCUUUUUUACGGAUGAAGGAAGUUGGUAAAAAAACAGUCUGUCACUUUGUUCAUCAAAAUGUUGGAGUUGUUUCAGCACAUGAGAAAAACAUGACAGACAGAAAAAAGCUCCUGGACCAGUUAAAUGAGAUGACAGUGAUUGCAGCUGAGAUGGAAAAGCAACAUCAUGUGAAGAAAUUCACUGAUGUUUUGGAUUAUGAUGUGGAAAAGAAUAACUGGUAUAUACCAGGUUUAUGGCAUGGUACUCCACCAAUGGCUUCAGUUAAUACAGGCUACAGUGUGGCUGUUCUUGAUUUUAAGACAAACCUUUUGGAGAUGCUUAAAGAAAGGAUGGAUGAACAACCUGUCCAGAUCCCAGAGUUCCUGCAAUGGAUGAGUAGCUUGUGGAAGGCAGUGAAGUUUGAGAAUUUCGUCUUUAGUUUCAGAAACAGUCUUGUGGCCCAUGCCUAUGAGAACCUUUGCAAAGAGUUUUCAGACUGGGAGUGGUCUUUCAGAAGACAUAUCUUCUCUUUGAUUUCGAGUGCAGAGGUUAAACUAUCUAAUGCUGAAAAAAAAUCAAUUGAAGAAGUUGCUGAAACACUAAAGAAAAACUUACACAAAGAGAUUGCAGAUCAAACCAGAUUAAUAACUGAAAAACUGAAAGACUACUAUAAACAGAGAGACCGUUAUGUGCAUUUGGUGGAAAAGUACAAAACUGAUUUUACUAAAAGCAUUAAAUCUCUGCAGUGUGAAAUUACAGAUGAAGUGAGAAAGAGAUUGGAAGCUCUUCUUGAGAAGAGAAGAAACAAGGAGAAAGUAGAAGACAUACAAAAUAAGCAAUCUGAUCUAAUUAAACACAAAAUCCUGCAACUACCUCAGAACUACAAAGGUCGCAAAGAUGAGGUGUCUGACGAGGAUCUCAAAGCAGAUUUUGAAAGCAUGUGGAGUCGUGAGGUGGAAAAUGUCACUGGUCUUACAGCAAAAGAUGUUCCUCAUGAUGUUUUCAUAAAGUUUCGUUCAAGUUUUGGACAUCGUAACGUCACACAACAUUUGCAGACAAUUAAGAAUUUGACAGAAUAUGGGCAAGAACAGUUCAAGGCCAAGAAAGAACAUGUGAAAUUGGGAAAAUUAAAAGGUUUACUAUAUGCACACCGUAGUACAAAGCAGGAUCUACAGAUCAUUGCAGUUGAUGUCAUUACCAUUUGCAACAGGAUGAUUGAACAGUUCACACAAUCCAAAGGUGAUUACCAAACUACUUUUACAAAAGAUCUGCUUGAUAAAAUCGAAGAAUACCUCAAAAAAGCAGGCACCAAAUACACUACCAAAUUUGAAUUUGAUCUGAAAUUGCACAUUUGUGGCAUUGCCUCUCGGAAAUUCAUAGAGAUGCACAGGAAGUAUCUCGCUGAGCAAGAUCCAUUAAAACAUUUACAGAAAUUUAAGAGUCAGUAUCUCUCUGAUUUCAUUGAUUUGUACAAAAAGAGGGACCAGUGCCAAAGGAAAGCACAAGACUUUACUCAGCUCUGUCUGAAACCAGCAGUGACUGAGUACAUCGACCAGUCCAUUGGACCUGACAUUGUUGAUGCAAUUUUGGAGAGUAAAUCUACUGAGUAUGGUUCACGAACACUGUUUCAGUACACAAUUCAGAAGGAACUGCUGGAAAAUUCAAACUUCAAUGAAUUUGUAAAGUACAUUUUACAUUAUGAGAAUUAUGUCAAAGACUGGAUAUACAGUCACAUUGUUCAAUGCUUUUCCAAAGACAUAUCUCUGCAAAAAUUAAAAAUGAAGAAGCUGGAAAUCAUGAUUAAAAACCUGACAGAAACAGUGGAAACAUCUAAGCUUGAACCCAAUGGGUCUCCUUUGCCCAAUACUGUAGAAAGUACCACAAUUUUGAUCAAGAAUCUUUGUAAAACUAUGAGUGAUGUCCUCUCAAUACCCAUGAGUACAGUGGACAGGGUCCUGUUUCAGAACACAAGCUGUUGUGAUCCAUUCACCAAAAGUCUUUAUGAAUGUAUUGAUGACCUGAAACAGCAAAUAGAAAAGGAGAUCUCAGAGUCAACCGAUGUCACUGAGAUACUGAAAAAUGUGUCAGUAAAACCACAAGAUGAGCUUUUCAAGAGGGUGUUUGGAUGUGGAGUGCAGUGUCCAUUUUGCAGAACACCAUGUGAGGCAGGUGGAAAGGAACAUAAGCUACACCAUGCAACAGUUCACAGACCACAAGGACUUAGCUGGUACAGAUACAUAAAGAAUAAUAUCCUUUGUGAAGAGAUUUGUACGUCUAGUGUUCAUGGCAAUGGGACAUUUGACAACCAUGAAACGGAUUUCCAACCUCAUCCCUACAAAGACUACCGGAAAUACUACCCAGACUGGCACAUUGCACCUGACAUGUCAGUACAAGCCUCAGAUUACUGGAAGUAUGUGCUGGUGAUGUUCAAUAAGGAAUUUGCUGAAAUGUAUGAGGCAGAGCCAGCUGUGUAUCCAGAUGUGUGGAAUAAAAUCACUAAAGAUCAGGCUUUUAUUAGUCUGAAGCUCAUGUUUAAUAUUAGAUAAUGGAUGACGGGCAAACUAUAACUGCAAAAUAAUUGACAUUUGUAAAGAAGACAACUUCAUCACUCAUAGUUAUGUUAUUGCUCAGGACAAGCAGAGACUGGAGUGUUAGUUAUGCCUGACAGUUGAUCCUUUUGAAUACUAUUAUCUAAAUAUACAUAGAAUCAACGUUAUUAAAAUUAUGGUUUUGUGGGAUUUAAAUGAUUUCUAAUAAACAUUAUAUCUGUAUGUCUAUAAUACACAGUUUCUUUUUAAUUUCUUUUAUAUGUGUAGUUAUUUUCCUUGUCUGUGAUGUUAAAUGAAAUAUUUCUCAUUUUCAUGUGUAUGCAGUAUAAAAACACUCUAGCCUAACUUAUAACAUUUUUAGUGUGUCUUAAUAAAACACUUUAUGUGCAUUUGCCUCCUUGUAGCCUCUCAUCAAAAUAUUCAUAUUUGUUUUUGUAUUUGGAUUCAAAUUGAAACUGGGUAUGUGUAAUGAACAUGGAAGUUAAUAUUUUUAAACUGUGCACAGUGUGAAAACUCUUACAAUAAAUGACAAAACCUCUUAAUAAUCCCAAUUCUUUUAGAAUUUCCAGCUGAGGGUUGAACUAAUGACCUUCCUAUGAAAAAUCCAUAUUAAUAACAAUAAUUAAAAUAUUAAUAAAAAUAAAUAAAUUUUCCUAUCACCGUUUUUUUAACUCUCUGCAACUGCCAUAAAUAGUAAAAGGUUUUUUCAGCUAAAGAUAUAAUAAAAAGUAAUACAAAUAUUUAUUAUAACAAAUGUAAUAAUGUAAAACACACACACACACACAUUCUUAAUUCAUCAGAAUCUCUGGUCUUGUAGCUCACAGAUGAUGUGUUGGAGAUCCCUGCUACCUGUGCUACAGUGGAAGAAAAUGAAACUGAAAUCCAAGUCCGGCGAAAUCUCUCCUAUGUUUAAAUGAUCAUAUAAGGUCUUUAAAGAGAAUGCAUUAAGACAAUUUCAUAAGCCUUCAAAAACAACAUGAUAGACAUACAGUAAUUUAGCAUGUAGAUCUGUUUUUGUCUCACAGUGUAAGACAGCAUUUUGUCCUGUUACUUUUGGCAGCAUUCUUUUGCCUCCUUGAAAUGCAAGAAAUGAAGGUGUACUACUCUGAAACACUGGCAUUUGAGAAACAUGCAUUCCACUCCUAAUACAGUGUAUAUAGCACUUACAGCACAGAAUAUAUAACACCAUACAUAGACAAAAUUUACUUAAAAGUUAGCCAUACACAUGGAAAUAUGGUAGAAAUAUUGUGUAUUUAGAUUUGUACACUGUAUGCUGCAUAUUGUGACAAAUGAAUCUGUACGAGAAAUGAAAAUGUGACAUAUGAAGCAUAUACAAUGAACCCUGUGGCAUUUUCAAAGUGAAAGGAUCAUAAAACUCUUUCAACAUGUAGAACAGGUUUUAAAGACUUGAAUCAGGUGGCAUUUAAUUUCUGAAAAGUAAAUGCCGUCUGUCAUGGCACAUCAAGUUCUGAGUCACAAAGGACCUUGCCCUGAGGUUUCCUUGCCCUCUUAUUUCCUGUAAGAGCAGGUUAAUCUGCUUUCAGAUUGAGAUAGAAAUUCUGCUCAUAACCAGCUGCAACAGAAAUAGCACAGCCAUUGCCAUGAAUACUUGUCCUUACAUAUAUUUGGAAGGCAAUUAUGACACUUAUAACUUUAUAUACUACAUAUUUAUUUUUGUUU